AUGCCAUGUUGUGCCAUACACCUUCCCGCCCUUCGAAUCACGAGGGAGGCAGGUAGGUGCGAAGGGAUACAUAUUUGAGCAACCGAUUUUCCAUUCAAAUGUGAAAUUUUUGUACAUCACUUCAAGCUCGUGUAUUCUGUCGCUGCUACACCGAUAUUCUUAUUCGUACAUUUUAAAUUCGAACAUUGUACCACGAGGAGCCUUCGAGGUGAAUUGAGCAUAUCGAGAAGUUUCCACAAUGACUGUCGCGAAUAAAACUCAUAUUCCUGGUGCGAGGGGUGCUUUAUUUGGACUUCGCAUUGCACAAUUGGUCCUUGCUGUUAUUAUACUUGCUCUUUCGUCGUAUGGAGUUUAUUGGCUUGUAUAUGAUGGAGAUGCACUUACAUUGGCUUCGGCCGCUAUCUCGAUUGUUAUUUGUGUCUAUGUGAUAGUAGCAAGCACGGGCGCACCUGUCCUGUAUAACUACUGGGCUAUACUCGGACUGGAUAUUAUCGCCGUGAUACUUUGGGUCGUAUCGUUCCCGAUUCUCGCCUCGCAAAUCGCAAAUGCCAUUACUGUCGAUUAUUCUUGCGACUCAUAUUACUCUUGUUACUACUACAAACAUAAACGUGGAUUGGGUCUUGAGAAGCGUGCAGAGACUACUUGGGAGACAUACAAGGGUGUGAUGAUUGCAACAUCUGCGUUGGGUGGUCUCGAGUUUGUACUUUUUUCGAUUACCCUCAUCAUUCUCGGGAUUAAUCUCCACCGCCAUCGUAGUGCUGGAGGCCAUUGUCAACCUGGUGCUGCAGCUCCCAGACAGGUAGAUUUUGAGGAAAAGCAACAACGUAAUGUCACUGCACCUGCGGAGCCAAGUCAACCUGAGGUUUAUAAUCCACCAGUAACCCACCACUAGAUGUACCCAGGACCCUGGUAUACUCUGAGAGAGAUGGAGACAAAGGAAAGAGAGUCAGGACUAGAAGAUGAUGGAUACGUUGAAAUACGGUGUUCUGAUCAAGAUGUUUGAUGAUACCCGAAUAUUUCUUUCGUGUGUGUAGUGUUUUGAACGAGUAGGAAUAAUAAGAUUGUACUAGAACUAGAGGAUAAGAAUUGAGAAUUGUACGAAGCUUUUAAUACGAUAUCGCCUGUUCCACAUCGAUCAACUUGAAUCUGAGUGACACGAAAUACUAGAAAGUUUCGAGAGUAACUUUAAGCUUAGAUUUAGUUUCCGAAGAGCCUUAGGAGAUUCUAAAUUCCCAUACAA